AAUGGGAAGCUAUUGUUGUGCUUAAGAAGUUGCAAAUAGUAUUAAAUUGUUCUAUUAAGGUAACGAAACUUAAAUUGAAACCAGGCCUAUAGAUUUCAACUCAACAGAUAAGAAAUUUUCAUGUCAUGCUACAAGUAAUUUAUUUUCAAAUUUCUCCUUUUCCAGAAAAAAUAACUUUGCUGAAGGUCAGUCCUGAUUUAUUUAUCCCUAUGAAACGUUAAGAUAUUUAUAGUGUUUACUCUCUUGGGAAGGCUUUAGGAGAAGGUAUACUUUAAUAUAUAUUUUAGGGGCCUAUGGUUAAGUUUCAACAGUAACUAACAAAAGAACAGGUAAUUGAUUGAAUUCUACAAUUAGGAAUGAUUAGAGCCAUGAAAGCAAUAAGAAAGGAUAGUUUGUUUGAAGAGGAAGAAUAAAAAUUAUUUUAAGAAAUGAAUAUUUUAAAAGAUCUUGAUCAUCCAAAUAUAGUUAAGUUAUGUGAGUUGUUUUAAGAUGAAAAAUACUAUUAUCUUGUUACUGAGUAAUAAAUGAUUAUCAUCAAUUAGAUAUCUUUAAGGAGGUGAGCUUUUUGAUAGAAUCUAGAAGGCUAAAACCUUCAGUGAAAAGGAUGCUGCCCAUAUAAUGAGAUAGAUUCUAAGUGGUGUUGCUUAUUGUCACACAAAAUAAAUUGUUCAUAGAGAUUUAAAACCAGAAAAUAUUGUAUUUACAUCUAAAGAUGAAGAUGCACAACUUAAAAUUAUUGAUUUUGGAACUUCAAGAAGAUUUGAAUCAAAUAAAAAAAUGACAAAAAGAUUAGGAACUGUAUUAAUAUAAAUAUAUAUAUAAAUAUAGCCUUAUUAUAUAGCACCUGAAGUUCUAUUAAAAUAAUAUAAUGAGAAAUGUGAUGUAUGGUCAUGUGGAGUGAUUUUAUUUAUUCUAUUAGCAGGAUAUCCUCCAUUUUAUGGAAAAAAAGAAGUAGAUAUUUAUCAAAAAAUAGUAAAAGCUCAUGUUUCAUUUCAUAGUAUUUUUUAGUUUAAAUAAUUAUUAGCUGCAGAAUGGUCUAGAGUAAGUGAGCCUGCAAAGUAAUUGAUUUUAAAAAUGCUUUGUAAAAAUGUAGAUUAAAGAAUCAGUGCUUAAGAUGCAUUAAAUGAUGCUUGGAUGAUAUAACAUAAUUAAACAAAUUUAGUUGAUCAACAAUUUUUAAAAAACCUUUCAUAAUUUAGUGCUAAAAGUAAACUAAAAUAAUCAUUACUUACUUUCAUGGCAUGUUAAAUGAUAUAAUAAAAUGAGGUUGAAGAUAUUCAAAAAAAGUUUAAAGAACUAGAUUAAAAUGGAGAUGGAACUGUAUCUAAAGAAGAACUAAUUAAAGCAUUUUAAGAAAAACUCUUGAGUAAAGAUUACUUUGUAGAGUCUUUAGAUGAAUAAAUGGAUAAAGUUAUUAAAUAGAUUGAUACUAAUUUAUCUGGUAAAAUUGAUUAUACAGAGUUUAUUAUUGUUUGUUUGUAACAAUAAAGAAUGUUAACAGAAGAGAAGAUAAAAUAAGCCUUUAAAAUUCUUGAUAUGGUAAUAAUAUAUAUUUUUAAUAUUAGGAUGGAAAUAAUUUCAUUUCCAAAGAUGAAUUUUAAUAGGUUAUGGAAGGAGUGGAUGAUAUAUUAUGGAAUGAAUUUUUAGAAGAGUGUGAUGAAGAUAAGGAUGGUAAAAUAUCAGAGGAGGAAUUUAUUCAAAUUAUUAUGAAUAAAAUUUGAU